AUGUCCAGGAUCGUCUCGGAGAUGGAGGAGCAGGGAAUUCCACUCCUCAACGGCUCCGACCAUAAUGGAACGUCUUCGAAGACAUCGUUCGAGGCCGAGCAACGAGGAAUACCCGAUACCACCAAUGGCGGCUACGAACAUGCUACGCCACAGUCCAUCUCCCUGCCCUCACAGUCCAAAAAGACCUGGUUAUCAUCAUGGUCGAUAGAUCCCUGGGCAGUCGUGCCUCGCUAUGUCCAACCUGGUGGCCGAAAAAAAUACGAACAACGACGGUCGCCGACAUCAUACCUCGACGCCCUCCGCGGCUACGCGGCGGUGUUUGUCUACAUAUACCACUUCUGGGAUCUCCCGGAACCUUCUUUCUUCCAUUGGCCUCUCAUCCGGGUGCCCUGGGUUGGAGGCGCGGGAAUGGUGGCCGUAUUCUUCGUCAUCUCCGGCUACGUGCUAAGCUACCGCCUCGUAAAGCUGAUCCGGAUGCAAGAGUCGGCCAGACUUCUCGACAGCCUGGCUUCAUCGAUAUUUCGCCGCUAUCUUCGUCUCUACCUGUCGACGGCCUUUGCAACGCACCUGUCCGCAUGGUGCAUCUACUUUGGCUGGCUCCUCGGCCCGUUCACUGACCUUCGCCUGUCUUCCCUGCCUGCCCAGCUGUGGGCCUGGUUUCAGGACACCAUUGCGACCAGUAACCCGUUCGCCAAUAUCGAGGGCUGGAUCCACGACGGUGUCUUUUUCCCACACUACCUGGGUCAAAUGUGGACCAUCCCGGUUGAAUAUCGCGGCAGUAUCAUCAUCUUUGUCUUUUGCGCUGCGGCGUGCAAGAUGACGACGAGGUGCCGGAUGGUCUUCGCGUGGAUCAUCAUUGCGCUGAGCUACUAUUGGCGCGUCGCCUACGUCGUCGAGUUCGUGUUUGGUACUUUUCUCGCGGAGCUGUCGUUAGUUCUGCACCCGGAACGCCACGGUUUGCAGAAUCCAAGUCUAGCCCCUGCCUUCGCCUCGGCAAACACCAACGCUACCACCGCCACGAACGACACCAUAAACGAGAAGCACAACCAGCGAAAUGGAUCUGGUGAGAUACCACCACCAUCACCGCGCGCCUUAACCCGAGUCACCUCGUACCUCUUGCUGGCGAUCGGGUUGUUUCUCUUGGGCCAACCCGACCCGCCUGCCUUGGGCUCGACGGGUCCCUGGCCGUGGCAAUAUCUCUACCGCGUGAUCCCGUCAUGGUACGGCGACGCCGCGUACACGUUCUGGCCGUCGAUCGCGGCCUGCUGCAGCGUGCUCGCCAUCGACUUGAACCCGACGCUGCAGAGGCCCUUUGAGUGGAGUUUCUCGCAGUACAUCGGCGACCUCUCGUUCGGCAUGUACGCCAUGCACGUCAUCCUGCUCUACUCGGUGUACCAGCAGACAAUACUGGUGUGGCAGGUUACGUACCUGGGAGACUCGACGCUCGCGUUUCUCCCUGGCGCGCUGGCAAUUACGUUGUUGCUGAUCUGGGUGGCGGACUACUUUGCUCGCGUCGACAAGAUAAUCGUCCAUUUUGGAAGGUGGCUCCAGGCAAAGUCGUUUGUCAAGUGGGAGUGA